AUGAUCACGGGUCGGUGUUGCAGCUUCUUCGUGGUGCCGCUUCUGGCACUGCUGGUCUCCACUGGCUUGGUGAAGGUGGACAUCACUCCUCUUUUCUACGCUUCUGGGAAGCUCUUGCCGGACUAUGUGCCUGAAGCUGAUGGCAAGGCCUUGAGGGUUCCCAAUGGAGAGAUCCGUGAGUUCUUGCAGAGGGCCGGCCUCAAAGGCGGGGCCGCCGAGCAAUCGGCUCCUUUGAAGGGCGUUUACAUGUUCGACCAGAUGGGCCCCGUGGGUUGGAUUGACUUUUCCUACGCGACCUGGGAUUCAUCGACUGGAGCAGCCGACGUGAACAUGGGCACGGUCACUGCUCAAGCCGGGGUACCUCGGCCCGAGUUUGGUGGCAUUGGCCCUUUCGUUCCUGGUGGCUACCUGAUCCCCUUCGUCGAGUGGGUGCAAUACAAAGUUCGCUUUUACUGCCCUGCACGCAUGCAAGAUGGGGAUGUAUGCAACCUCGUGGAGUCACUUUUCGGUCACCCAUAUCCCAAGAAGGGGGAGGUCGGAUCGAUGCUUUGGCACAUGACGCGCUUUGAUGGUGGGCGCAAGUAUGUCAGAGACAGCUGGCUUGUGCCUCCCUGGGUUACUCCAGAUGAGUCGUACCACAAGACGCAUGGAAAGUUCCACAGCUACAGGCUGUUCUUGCUGAUGCACGCCAACGGAACGAUUGACGAGGAGCAUUUCAGUCGUUUCAUGGAGAAGCUGGAUGGACAAGACCUGGUCAUUCCUAAGAUCUUGGCCAAGUUUCUGUGA